AUGUCUACGAGCAUUUUGUUGGAAGACUUCGCACGCUGUAAUCUUCUCCACGUCAUUUCUGUUCCUGAGAGUUCUGCCAUGUCUGCGCAUCCGCGCAGGGCUGAGUGGCCUCUAUACUCGUCUAUUUCCUUAUAUCGUAGUCGAGAUUACUUAUGUUAUACGAUAGUAGUGAGUUACCAGCAGAUAACUCGUGACUUCAUUUUCCUUUUCGAUAGCUCUUGUAUCCUGCCAGUAAGCCUACCUUCACGUAAGUCUAGGCGGGCAUACGUGACUGUGCUAGCAGAAGCUCACUGGGACAGUCCGAUAUGA